AUGCUGCUCCUCCGUCUCAUCUCCGGACUUGAUCCCAAUAUUUCGCCUCAAGAGAUGCUCAUAAAAACAAGAGGCAGACCGAAGAUACCGAAAGAUCUCAAUACCAGUAGGAUUAUCAAGAGACCGACGGGCAUAUCGAGAGACCAAGAGACCGACGGGCAUAUCGAGGGACCAAGAGACCGAUGGGCAUAUCAAGAGACCAAGAGACCGACGGACCAAGAGACCGACGGGCAUAUCAAGAGACCGACGGGCAUAUCAGAGAGACGGGCAUAUCGAGAGACCAAGAGACCGACGGUCAUAUCGAGAGACCGACGGGCAUAUCGAGAGACCAAGAGACCGACGGGCAUAUCGAGGGACCAAGAGACCGACGGGCAUAUCGAGGGACCGAGAGACCGACGGGCAUAUCGAGAGACCAAGAGACCGACGGGCAUAUCGAGGGACCAAGAGACCGACGGGCAUAUCAAGAGACCAAGAGACCGACGGGCAUAUCAAGAGACCGACGGGCAUAUCAAGAGACCGACGGGCAUAUCAAGAGACCGACGGGCAUAUCGAGAGACUAAGAGACCGACGGGCAUAUCAAGAGACCGACGGGCAUAUCGAGGGACCAAGAGACCGACGGGCAUAUCAAGAGACCAAGAGACCGACGGGCAUAUCAAGAGACCGACGGGCAUAUCGAGGGACCGAGAGACCGACGGGCAUAUCAAGAGACCGACGGGCAUAUCGAGAGACCAAGAGACCGACGGGCAUAUCGAGGGACCGAGAGACCGACGGGCAUAUCAAGAGACCGACGGGCAUAUCAAGAGACCGACGGGCAUAUCAAGAGACCGACGGGCAUAUCGAGGGACCGAGAGACCGACGGGCAUAUCAAGAGACCGACGGGCAUAUCAAGAGACCGACGGGCAUAUCGAGGGACCGAGAGACCGACGGGCAUAUCAAGAGACCAAGAGACCGACGGGCAUAUCGAGGGACCGAGAGACCGACGGGCAUAUCGAGGGACCAAGAGACCGACGGGCAUAUCGAGAGACCAAGAGACCGACGGGCAUAUCAAGAGACCAAGAGACCGACGGGCAUAUCAAGAGACCCCCGAAGACAGACCGUAACACCAAGACACCUAAAAAGACAGACCCCAAAUCCAACAGACCCAAAAAAACACGAAACCCACCAGACCCAAGAGACCAAAAUCCUCGACCAAGGAAGAAGACUCAGACCAGCCGGGAGACCAGCGCUGGAGCACCGCCGCUGCCUGGUCCCUUGUCCUAG